AUGAAAUUUCGUAAUUAUAUAUUUGGCCGAAUUACCGAUUCGUAUCAUAAUGUUGAAAAGAUUAAGAAUAUCUUUGAAUUUGGAAAGAGCACAAAAUCAGUGAAAGACUUAGAUUUGAUAAAAAAAGCUGUAAAUAGCUAUAAAAUAAAGAUUGAACAAAAUAGCGAUACAAUUAAAAAUGAUGUUCAUAAAUUUUUAAGAAAUAAUUAUAUAAGUUUUAAAAAUAAUGUGGAAGAAGAAUUAAUAUUUAUAAAUAAUUAUUUAUAUUUUGAAAUAAAUACAGACAAAUAUAUUAUGAUAUGUAGAAAAAAAAUUAAGAGACGAUUUAAGACUAAUUUAAAUUAUUUUUAUCAAAAUAAUAAAUCAAUUAAUGAUUUAAAAAAAGAUAAAUUCAUUUCCAAUUUAAAUUCCGAAAUAGUUGGUAUAUUCCCAUCCAAUUUUAGUAUAAAAUUUUUGAAAAUAUAUACAAAUUCUUUAUUUACAUUUAUAGUUGAACAAAGUGAUUAUCCUUUAAAUUUAUGUUAUUCAUAUAAAGGGACAAUUUAUAUUAACGACACACAUUUAUAUAAUAUAGAUCCAAAUUAUGCUCUAAAAGAUAUAUCUAAUGAAUGUGUAGUGGGAAAUAAUCUUAAAAGGAAAAAAUAUAUAUAUUAUAGUAAAAAUCAAAAUGAAAUAAUUAAUAAAAAUUGUUUAAGAAAAUAUAAGAUAUGGAUAAAAAAUAGAAAAGAUGAUUAUCAAGUUAGAGGGGGAAACUGUUUUGAUAACGAUCUUAUAGACAAGUUUAGAAAAAAUAAUAUAAAUAUAGACCACAUAAAUGAUAAAACCUAUAAUCAAUAUGAAAAAGGGGAAGAAGGAUUACAUAAACCUGCAUUACCAAUGAUACAAUAUUGCAAUUAUUUAAAACAUGGAAUACAAAAUGUAGAAUAUAUUAAACUAAAAAAUAAAAUAAAUUUUUUAAGCACUGAAAUGAAUGAAAAAUAUCGUUGUAGUAAAUUAUUUUUAAACUUUUCAUUUUUUGAUAAAAUUUUGAUAUACGAAGAAAAGAAUGAAGAAUAUUUUUUAAAUCUAUAUAAGAGCAAAGAUCAAAAAAUUAUAUUUUUACUAAGUGGUAGUCAUUUACAUAAUAAACUAUUCCUAGUCAAUGUUGAGGGUAAUAAUAAAAAAAGUCUGAAUUGUUUUAUCAAUCUAAUUCAGAUGAAUAGUAAAAUUUUACAUGGAAAAUGUUUUUUAGAACAUUUUUUUAAUCAUAUAAUUUUUAUAUUAAAAGGGAGAAAUAAUACUACACACAUAUUUUAUAUGAGUUGCAAAGAGUUGAACCAUCUUAUACAAAAGAAAAAUGUAGAAAAAAUAAAAAAACUAAAAAAAAUUGGACACAUUUCAAAAGAUGGCUUAUAUAUCAAUGAGGAAAAAUCCAAAGUGUGUAGAUUACCCUUAUAUAAUAUAUAUUCCGAAAAAAUCGAAAUAAAUAUAGAUAAAUAUAUAAAAAAAUUAGUAACUCUUGAUGAUUGUAUAAUACAAGAUUUUGAUAUGACAAGAUAUGGAUUAGCCUUAUAUUUAUAUCGCAACUUUUUAAAACCAUUUGUGCUCAUAAUUUAUUUGUUUAGGAAAAAUGUAGAGUCAUAUAAUGCUACUAACCAUUUUAAAGAUGAAAUAAAUAAAGAGCAUAAACAAAAAAAAGAAAAAAUGAAACAAAAUAAGAAUAGAAAAGAAAUACUUAUCCCUAAAACAAAGAUGAUAUAUUUACCCAUUGAAAAAGGGAAUAUACAAUCUGGUAUGAAUAAUAAUUUUUAUAAUAACUUUUUAAAUAUACAUAUAUCCAACACAUUUAUUAAUAAUAUUAGAUUGGUCAUAAAUUUAAGACAAUGUAUUUUGGCUCUUCCAAAAAAUAUACAUAAAAAUAGAUACCACUCUAAUUCCUAUUUUAAAGCAACAAAUAAUAGCUUUGUAUACGAUAUAGAAUUGGAACAAAUUUUUCAAAAAAAAAAAAAAUUCGCUAUAAAAGAUAUUUUUAUUAACAGUUCAGGUGGUGAACUAAUUCCUAUAACACUUAUAUAUAAAAUAAAAGACAACGAUAAUAUAUUUUUUUGUGAAAAUAAAAAGGAAGAAGAUUAUACAACUUUUUUUGAAAAGAUAAAUGAAAAUUAUAGCAAUAAAAAAGACAAUUACCAUAACAAAGUUAAUAAAUUUGAAAAGUUUAAAAAUGAAAAGUUUGAAAAUGAAAAAAAAAAAAAAAAAUUAUAUUUAGCUUGCCCUUCUUUUAUGGACAAAUUUGACCUUCCAAAUUUAUAUAAAAAUGAUUUACCAUUAUUUAUAAGCCCAAGUAAAACUAUAAUAAAUGCAUAUCCAUUUUAUGGAGAAUUAAAUAUUUGUAAUUAUACGGAUGAAUAUUAUUUUUAUUUAUUAAACAAUUUUGUAAUAGUUUAUUUUCACCUGACUGGUUCAGGUGGAUUUAACAAAAAAAUGAACAAAUUUAAAGGAAAAGCACAUUUAAAAAUAAAAGCACUAAACGAUUUAACAGAUUGUAUAAAUUUUUUAAAAUAUAAAAAUAUAAGUAAUACAAAUAAUAUGUAUAUGUAUUUUUAUUCGAAUAGUGGAUUAUUAGGAGGUUAUAUAUUAAAUAAUGUAAAAAAAAUAAUUAAAAAUAUAAUUUUUAUAAAUCCUAUGUUAGACCUUUUUAAUAAUUUAACAGACAUAAAUAAUAAUUUUGUAAACUCUGAACUUUUAGAAUUUGGAAAGUUCAAAGUAAAUAAGUUUUUUUUAAAAAAUAAAGAAAAUAUAGAUCAAGACAGUUUGAAAGUUUUACACACAAAAAAAAUAUACCCUCAUCAUAGGCUGAAAAUAGAGGGCGAUAAUGAGACUACCCCAAUAAAACAUGUUAAUAAAUUGCACACACUAGGUUGGCAUCCAUAUUUUUAUUACAAAAAUGGAAAGAGUUUAAGAAAGAAAAUAAAAUUGAAUAUAAGUAAGAGUAAAAGACGGUAUACAAAAUAUUACUGGAAAAAUAAUUUAUUUCAAAAUAAUUUAUUUAUGUUAUAUUAUAUAUGUCCAUAUAAUAAUAUAACAGCCAAAUAUACUGAAAUAUAUACAAAUAAAGAAAAUAUAAAAAUGGAAUUUAAAAAAUGUGUGGAUAUAAAAAAUAAUGAGAAUAUAAAAAAUAAUAUUAUUUUACAUAUAAAUAAUUAUGAUAUUAUAUGCCCAAAUUAUAAUUCAAUUAAAUUUUUUUUAAAAUAUAUUAAUUAUAAAAAUGUAGAGAUAAAACAUUAUUAUUAUAUGGACAUACAGAAUUAUAAAUAUGUACAAAACAAAAUUAAUUUUUUGAAUUAUUCUAAUUAUGAAUAUUUACAAGAACAAAGGAAUAGAAAUAAAGAUAAAGACUUGCUUGAUCAAAAUUAUAAUCAACCUAACAAUUUUUAUGUUUCUAUUUCUAAAACAGGAGGACAUAGUGGAUUUACCGAUUAUAUAUCACACACUAAAAAAUUAAUGGAAAAAAUUUAUUUCAUUAUUUUUUCAAAUUGGGCAUAA